GGGAGCUUUCAGAGACGUGAAAUAUGGUGGCGGCAAUGUAAUGGAGUUCCGCUGCCUCCCUGCUUUCAUGCCAUAGACAUAGGAAGCUAGCAAAAGUGCUAAGCGAGACUCGUCUAGGCCUCCAACUGACCAGCGAAUAGCUACUAACACAGUAUUUGGGGGAAAGGGUAAAAAUAAUUCCUUUAUGAAUCUGCCCGAGGACCGUUGAAAUCCCAAAAAUAUGGUGGUUCUCAAAAUUCGAGACCAGCCUCCUUUGCUGAAAGCUAUUUUCAAUGUCGACCCAGAUGAAGUACGCUCUCUCAUAUUCAAAAAAGAGGAUGUGAAUGCGCAGGACAAUGAGAAGCGAACGCCACUCCAUGCUGCUGCUUAUCUCGGAGAUGCAGAAAUUAUAGAGUUGCUGAUUCUUUCAGGUGCAAGAGUUAAUGCCAAAGAUAACAAGUGGCUGACUCCCCUGCAUCGGGCUGUGGCCUCCUGCAGUGAGGAGGCUGUGCAGGUGUUGCUGAAACACUCAGCAGACGUGAAUGCCAGAGACAAGAACUGGCAGACACCUCUUCACAUCGCAGCAGCUAAUAAAGCUGUCCGCUGUGCCGAAGCCCUCGUCCCUUUACUUAGCAAUGUGAAUGUAUCCGAUAGAGCUGGCCGGACCGCGCUGCACCACGCAGCCUUCAGCGGUCACCUAGAGAUGGUGAGGCUCUUGCUCUCCAGGGGAUCAAACAUCAACGCUUUUGACAAGAAGGAUCGGCGUGCAAUCCACUGGGCAGCUUACAUGGGGCACAUAGAAGUGGUGAAACUGUUGGCAUCUCAUGGCGCUGAGGUGACCUGCAAAGAUAAGAAAUCCUACACUCCCCUGCAUGCGGCGGCCUCAAGUGGAAUGAUUAGUGUUGUCAAAUUCCUCCUGGACUUAGGAGUGGAUAUCAAUGAACCCAAUGCAUAUGGAAACACGCCCCUCCACGUGGCGUGCUACAACGGGCAGGAUGUGGUUGUGAAUGAGCUCAUCGAGUGUGGAGCUCUCGUCAAUCAGGUGAACGAAAAGGGCUUUGCACCUCUCCACUUCACUGCUGCGUCACGCCAUGGCGCCCUCUGUCUGGAGCUUCUGGUGUGCAACGGGGCUGAUGUCAAUAUCAAGAGUAAAGAUGGUAAGACUCCUCUCCACAUGACUGCAAUCCACGGCAGAUUUUCAAGAUCUCAAGCAAUCAUUGAGAAUGGCGCUGAGAUCGACUGUGAAGAUAAAAACGGGAAUACACCACUGCACAUCGCAGCUCGAUACGGACACGAGCUCCUAAUUAACACUCUCAUCACUAACAGAGCUGACACAGCAAAGCGAGGGAUUCAUGGGAUGUUCCCACUGCACUUGGCUGCUCUCAGUGGUUUCUCUGAUUGCUGCCGAAAGCUCUUGUCUUCAGGUCAUUUUAUAACAACACAUGUUAAAGGUAAAAAUGAAAAAGGAUUCACAAAUUUUGUUCAUAUUUCUUUAUCCUAUGCAGGCUUUGAUAUUGAUACUCCUGAUGAUUUUGGAAGGACCUGUUUACACGCUGCAGCUGCCGGAGGAAAUCUGGAAUGCCUGAAUCUUCUUCUCAACACUGGGGCAGACUUCAACAGGAAGGACAGCUUUGGCAGGACGCCUCUGCACUACGCUGCUGCCAACUGUAACUACCAGUGCCUGUUUGCUCUGGUGGGUUCUGGGGCCAGUGUUAACGACCUGGACGAACGGGGCUGCACGCCUCUCCACUAUGCCGCCGCCUCCGACACAGAUGGAAAGUGCCUGGAAUAUUUACUGAGAAAUGAUGCGAAUCCAGGGAUUCGGGACAAUCAGGGCUACAACGCUGUCCACUACGCCUCAGCAUACGGACAUCGUCUUUGUCUGGAGCUGAUUGCAAGUGAAACCCCCUUAGAUGUGUUAAUGGAAACCUCAGGAACAGACAUCCUGAAUGAUUCUGAUGUCCGAGCACCCGUCAGCCCCUUACACCUGGCUGCGUACCAUGGACACCAUCAGGCCAUGGAGGUUCUGGUCCAGUCCCUGCUGGAUUUAGAUGUGAGGAACAGCCAAGGGCGCACACCACUAGACCUGGCAGCCUUCAAGGGCCACGUAGAAUGUGUGGAUGUCCUGAUCAAUCAGGGCGCCUCCAUCUUGGUCAAGGAUUUCACCUUAAAGCGAACCCCAAUACACGCUGCCGCUACUAACGGUCAUUCAGAAUGUUUGCGUUUGCUGAUCGGAAACGCGGAUCUUCAAAGUGCAGUUGACAUUCAAGAUGGGAAUGGACAAACCCCUCUGAUGCUGGCAGUCCUGAGUGGGCACACAGACUGUGUGUAUUCUCUUCUCAAUAAAGGAGCCAGCGUAGAAGCCAAAGACAAGUGGGGCAGGACAGCCUUGCAUCGAGGGGCGGUGACCGGUCACGAGGAAUGUAUGGAGGCCUUGCUUCAGCACAACGCCAGCUUCCUGGUGCGAGACUGCAAAGGCCGCACGCCGGUCCACCUGGCAGCGGCAUGUGGACACAUUGGCGUACUGGGAGGCCUGCUGCACGCCGCCCAGUCUGUGGAAACGCUCCCUGUGUUAACAGACAGCCAUGGGUACACCCCACUGCACUGGGCCUGCUACAACGGUCACGAUACGUGUGUGGAGGUUUUGCUGGAGCAGGAGGUUUUUCACAAGGCUGAAGGCAAUCCUUUCAGUCCUCUCCACUGCGCUGUAAUCCGUGACAAUGAAGGAGCUGCUGAAAUGCUUAUAGACACUUUGGGCCCUGCCAUCGUCAAUGCCAAAGACGGCAAAAACCGGACCCCUUUGCACGCUGCAGCCUUCACCGAUCACGUCGAGUGUCUCCAGCUGCUUCUGAGCCACAAUGCCCAGGUCAAUAUAGUUGACGCUGCUGGGAAAAGCCCCCUCAUGAUGGCUGCGGAGAACGGUCAGACCAACGCUGUCGAACUGCUGGUGAGCAGUGCAAAAGCAGAUCUUACUCUUCAGGAUGCUGUGAAGAACACUGCGCUUCAUCUGGCAUGCAGUAAGGGUCAUGAAACCAGUGCCUUGUUGAUAUUGGAGAAGAUUUCUGACCGAAAUCUCAUAAAUGCUACAAAUGCCGCCUUACAAACGCCUCUUCACGUGGCUGCAAGAAAUGGAUUGACUGUGGUGGUACAAGAGCUGCUGGCUAAGGGAGCCAGUGUCCUUGCAGUUGAUGAAAACGGCUACACGCCUGCCUUGGCUUGUGCCCCCAACAAAGAUGUGGCAGACUGCCUCGCCCUGAUUCUGGCCACCAUGAUGCCUGUGUCCCCCUGCACCUCGGCACCCACCCUCCCUUUCAGUGCCAUUAACCACUACACCACCAGCCCCUCCAAGAGCGUCACCUUCGACAGCCUGCCCGUGCUGCGAGGUGAGCACGGUUCCUACUGCAGCUUCAACAACAUGAGCCAUCACGAUGGUUUCUACAAAGAGGAGGAGCUCAACGACUCUGAUUCCGAGACUUACUAAAACCACGGAGGGAAGCUCAACACAUCAACACACGCUGUGUCUUAAAAUCACCCGAUGGAAACUUGGGAGGCGAGGAAAAAAAGUUGGAAGCCUCCGCAGGAGCCUUAAAAGCCCCCCUGCAGACACCAGAGAGCGAGCAAAGGAGGAGGAGGUGCAGCAGGCUGGCCCACACUGACCCAGACCUCAGCCAGCACUAGAGAUGUCCUUCAGCAGACGCUGAACCGAAGUAUUCAUUGCUUUACCGACACUGACGUUUUCAGCGUGAAAAUAACCAUUUGGGCAGAUAGCAGCUGUUUUAUGGCAAUAACAUCCUGAAGCGGUGUGGUUGCACUCCACCAAGACAGGGACCAAAAGACAUGGAUGCAUUUUAACCCUUUUUUAGCACCAUAAAGAUUCAAGACAGAGAAUAUUUUUUGGGUUUAUCUGUUACUGAGGAUAAAGGGGGAACGAUUUCCAAAUUUUAACCCCCAAAUCAUCAGAAAACUCUUUUGUGCUUCAGAUUAAGGGAGGGGGAGGGGCUCAUUUAUUAUUAUUUUCCAACAGUAACAUUUUAAAAUGCCCAUUUUAACAUCUUAAACUCUGUUCUCUCAAAAUUUGAUUUCUUAAAUUUCCAAACAUUUGAAAAUAUGCACCCGGUUGAUAUUAAGCUGAUCAGUCCUUCCGUUGUUUGUUGACCUGAUUUUUGCAGUUUAGUCUUUAAACAGUAAUUUAUUUGUACUUUUGGUUCUUCAUCUGUUCAUUUCGUGCCUUCAUGAGUUACUGAGAAUACAUGGGUUUGUAGAGGCAGCUGUAUAAUUACAGUAAAAGUGCACAUUAGAAAAGUAUCAAUGCACUGAUUCAGUUCUGAGGCAUCUUUGUUCAGUUUUCAGAAGAGGAAACACUGUAAACCAAUGACAGGGCAGCAUUUGAUUUUCUAUUGAGUGAUUUUUUUUUCUGGUUUUUAUUUUAGUUUUGCUUGCUUUAACUUAAAAAACAAAUCCAAUCAUACCACUUUCAGUUGUCUAUUAAAUAAUUUUAACUGGAAAUAUGUACAUUUGCUAGCUUCAGUAGAAUAAAGAGGAAUUUUCUGUUCCUUGGUUUUCCUUGAAGAAUGAAACUAGCAUGUAUAUAGAAAUUAUGACUGUGAAUUCAAAAUUCCAAUGAAUUCUUUCAGUACGGAGAUUGCUGUAUAUUUUAUGAAUAAUAAAUGAGUUAUUUAAUAAUGA